UAACAUAGUUAAACCGCAAUUAUUAAUUAUUUUUUAAAACCUGUUUAAUAUAGCGAACCAAAUAUUUUUAUUGCUUAAUUAAAAUACAAUUAUGUGAAAAAUAUGAUUUUACUAACAAUUUUUGUAAUUAAUUAUUUAACAUUUCGUGCAAAUGAUGUUUAUGGACAACCAGAAAUGAGAACACCAUGUUCUUCAAAAUGUCUUCCUUUAAAAGAUUGCCCGAGUGCAACACAAUCCUUUCUUCAAUAUAAUAUAACACCAAUAACUUGUUUUUAUGAUGAAGAAACUAAAAAGAUUCCACAUGUGUGUUGCGAGGAAAAUGAAAUUCAAAUUUUAGGUUGCCAUACACCUAUAAGAGUCGACAGAGAUAUUGAAUUGGAUACAAGAAUAACAAAUGGUAACGAAGCUGAUCCGAAAAAAUUUCCCUUCAUGGUUGCUUUGUCAUGGGAUACACCAUUUGGGGACUUUUUUGGAUGUGGGGGCACCCUAAUUCAUAAAUUUUAUGUUCUAACAGCAGCUCAUUGUUCUUUUAAUAAUGGUACUUAUAGACCAUUAAAAUAUGCAGUUGUAGGUGGCGGAUCUAUUAGAAAAGGUAAUAAACCUAUUCGGAUUAUUGGAGUAUCCCAACAUCCAGAAUAUAAUCCCAAACGCAAAAAUCAUGACAUAUCGAUAUUGAGAUUAGCUGAAGAAGCCAGUCAUCAACCAGCGUGCUUACCUCAACCAGAUGAUAUAUUAAGAGAUCGCGCAGAAGUUGUUGCAGCUGGUUAUGGAAAAAUAUCAUUUUAUGGCGAUAUAUCUGAAAAUUUAUUAAAAGCUGAUCUAGUGGUACAUAAUCAAACAGCUUGUGAAAGAUUAUAUGGCCCGCUUAUGGAAUCGCAAUUAUGUGCCUUAGCUAAUCCUGUAUUUUUGCCAAAUAAAACAUUUCCUAUUCAUGCUGACACAUGUCAAGGUGAUUCCGGCGGACCAUUAGUCAUUAAGAAUACUCUAACGGUUGUUGGUGUAGUAUCAUUUGGAUUGCCGUGUGGUGGUGGUUUUCCAGGUGUUUAUACAAGAAUUGCUUCAUAUUUCGAAUGGAUUAACUCGAAAAUAACCUAAUUUAUUGAAUAUUUACAUAAAAAUAAUUAUGUAUUAAAUAUAUGCCCAACAAAAUGCAGAAAAUAUCAUAAUGAUAUCUGAAAUUUUUCAAUAUAAUAAAAAUUAAUUAUAGAUUUUAAGCACGUACGUAAAUGAAACUGU